UAGUUUCCCAUCAUGACUACACUGCUGUCCAGCAAUCAGGUACACAGGUAUAUGCCCUUCCCUUUUAAAGCCCUGGAAAUUUUUGAAAUUCCAUUUCCUGUUUGCUCAGCAUGGAGAGAUCACCUGAUGCCUGCCCAGCUGCUCCAUAUGCUAUACAUGCUUCUGCCCAGAGUGCCCAGGAGAUGGUGGAUUGCCUGGGUCUGUGGGGAGAGGAGUCUGUGGGCUCAGUGCAAAUCCAGCUGAAGAAACAUUGUUAUUCCUCUUCCUUAGUUCACAUCGCAGGCAGGCUGGGUCUGACCUCAUUCAGAGAAAAUCGCAAUAGGCGCAUUUCCAGUGUGCUAUUACUACCCAGACAGCACUCUUUGCACUCCAGUAUGAACCUGGAAAAAACCUCAGACAGAGCACACUGCAACACACAUUACUAUGGCUCAAUAUUAAGACAGCCUUUCAGGCCUCCCUGAGCUAUAUAGCUCUGUGGGCUUCUCUUAUAGCCCUGGUAUCUGUCUGCUCAAAAUCAACAGAUAACUGUUUCACUUCUGCUUUCAACCUCAGCAGAUACUUUCCCCCUUUUCUUCACAACUAUUGUGAAGCGCACGGCAGGCAUCUCUAAUCUUUGGGAUUUUUUUCACUGAGAUCUAAUCUUGUGAGGAGGAGUAGAUGAAGUUCUUGCUGCUGUGGAGGUGACCAGCAUACAGCUUCAUCAGCCAUAGGAGUAAGAGAGGCUGGGUCUCCCAGGGUCACUGCUGGCAUUUCAACAUCUACAAUGGUUAUCCUCUCAUCUGUAAAUGAAGUCCCUGAGUGGCGCUUUCAGAACAGACCUGUGUUCUUAAUUACAUGUAUUUUCCAUGACUCUCUUCCACUUGCGUUGGCAUAACUUUCCUGGUGAUCCACCAGCACUUGCAGUGACAUAGAGCAGUGUCCCUUUCUGUUGCUGUUCUCUGUGGCAGGGUUGUCUGGUACCAAAAUAGGAAUAUGUUUGCCAUCUAUUGCCCCACUGCAGUUUGGGAACUGUGUUGCUGCAAAGCCAUCCACUACGUCCUGCACGUUGCCCAGAAUCAUGGUCCUUCACAAUAGGAUGUGAUUAAUGCCCUGCAUACUUGCAUCACAGCAACUCCCAGCAUGGAUUUCCCAAAUCCAGUUCCUGACUAAUAGCAACCUGGCAUUGCAAGCUUCCACACAGCCAUUGCCUCUUGCUUCUCCACUGUCCAUGCCACUCUCAUUUUGGUGUCACUGUGCCAAAGUUCUGGGUCGAGCUCUGCACAGACUUCCAGGGAUAUAGCCUUGCACAUUCAAAAGUUCUGCAGCCACUGCUGGUUGUCCCAUACCCACAUAACAGUGUAAUCCCAUCAGUCAAUGCUUGUUUCCCAGGACCAGAAUUAGGGCUCCACUGUCUGCAGCUGCUCCAUGAAAGCGAACAGCCGAAAAUUGUUUCCUUCUGUGUCCCACAGCAAGGCAGCCUCCAAGGAAUCAUCUUGUUCUGCCCGGCUCCUCUGGUGGCUUUCCAAAUACUGCAGAUCAGGCUCAGCGUGCUCACAAUGCCCGCCCAGUAGUACAGAGCUAUGGAGUAUCCAUGCUUCUCACAGAGUUGGCAGACGUGCAGAUUAACAGCACAUUUGAAAAGAAGCUCAAAACAUUACAGGAAGCAGAUAAAAUUAUGGGAUGAAGAAUACUGCCUCGUGGGAUGUUGAAACCAUGUUUCCAGUCGUGCUGCACAACUUGUUUGCCCCCAUGAGGCACUGCAAACCCUGCGCUAGAUGGUGAUGAGUUCAGUGGGAUAGCUACCCAUGGUGCACUGCUCUGUCAGUGCUACUAGUGAGACUGUGCACCAUCGACACAAGAAGCAUAGUGUGGAUGUGCAGAACGAUGUAAUUACUGCUGCAGCUGUACAUGGAGCAGGGAGACAAAAUGGAAGGCGAGGCAAUCGAAGCUAUUGGGGAAGAGUCUGAAACAUUCAUUAAGGGGAAAGAGAGAAAGACCUAUCAGAGACGCCGUGAAGGUGGCCAGGAGGAGGACGCGUGCCAUAUGCCACCAAACCAAGCUGAUGGAGCUGAAGUGGUGCAGGAGGUCAGCGGUGGCGUGCAAAUGGUGAUGAUGGAGCAGCUGGAUCCAACGUUGCUUCAAAUGAAGACGGAAGUAAUGGAAGGCACAGUGCCUCAGGAAGCCGAGGCUACAGUAGAUGAUACACAGAUUAUAACACUUCAAGUUGUUAAUAUGGAAGAACAGCCUAUCAAUCUUGGUGAGCUUCAGCUUGUCCAAGUACCUGUUCCAGUGACUGUACCUGUAGCCACCACAUCUGUGGAAGAGCUUCAGGGAGCCUAUGAAAAUGAGGUUUCUAAAGGAGGCCUGCAGGAGGGAGAGCCCAUGAUCUGUCACACGCUUCCUUUGCCAGAAGGGUUCCAGGUAGUGAAAGUAGGUGCAAAUGGUGAAGUGGAGACACUAGAACAAGGUGAACUGCAGCCACAGGAAGAUCCCAAUUGGCAGAAAGACCCAGACUAUCAGCCACCAGCCAAAAAAACAAAGAAAACCAAAAAGAGUAAGCUCCGCUACACAGAAGAAGGCAAAGAUGUGGAUGUGUCCGUGUACGACUUUGAAGAGGAGCAGCAGGAGGGUUUGCUGUCUGAGGUUAAUGCGGAAAAGGUGGUGGGCAACAUGAAGCCCCCUAAACCAACAAAAAUCAAAAAGAAAGGUGUGAAGAAGACAUUCCAGUGCGAGCUGUGCAGUUAUACCUGCCCGCGUCGCUCUAACUUGGACCGGCACAUGAAGAGUCACACUGAUGAGAGACCACACAAGUGCCAUCUCUGUGGCAGAGCUUUCCGGACAGUCACGCUGCUGAGGAACCACCUCAACACUCACACAGGUACACGCCCUCACAAGUGCCCAGACUGCGACAUGGCCUUUGUGACCAGUGGAGAGUUGGUUCGGCAUCGCCGUUACAAACAUACCCACGAGAAACCAUUCAAAUGUUCAAUGUGCGACUAUGCUAGUGUAGAGGUCAGCAAGUUGAAACGCCACAUUCGCUCUCACACCGGAGAGCGCCCAUUCCAGUGCAGCUUGUGCAGUUAUGCCAGCAGGGAUACUUACAAACUGAAGCGGCACAUGAGGACCCACUCUGGAGAGAAGCCGUAUGAAUGUUACAUCUGUCAUGCUCGCUUCACCCAGAGUGGCACCAUGAAAAUGCACAUUUUACAGAAGCACACGGAGAAUGUGGCCAAAUUUCACUGCCCACACUGUGACACAGUCAUAGCAAGAAAGAGCGACUUAGGUGUUCAUUUGAGAAAGCAGCAUUCCUACAUUGAGCAGGGCAAGAAGUGUCGUUACUGUGAUGCUGUAUUCCACGAGCGAUACGCUCUCAUCCAGCAUCAGAAAUCUCACAAGAAUGAGAAGCGCUUCAAGUGUGACCAGUGUGAUUACGCCUGCAGACAGGAGCGGCAUAUGAUCAUGCACAAACGUACCCAUACCGGAGAAAAGCCUUACGCCUGUAGCCAUUGUGAUAAAACCUUCCGUCAGAAACAGCUCCUCGAUAUGCACUUCAAACGUUACCAUGACCCCAACUUUGUCCCUGCUGCCUUUGUCUGUUCGAAGUGUGGGAAAACGUUCACUCGCAGGAACACCAUGGCUAGACAUGCAGACAACUGCUCUGGCCCAGAUGGGGUAGAAGGAGAGAAUGGAGGGGAGCCUAAGAAGGGAAAACGUGGGAGAAAAAGAAAGAUGCGUUCAAAAAAAGAAGACUCCUCUGAUAGUGAGGAAAAUGCUGAACCAGAUCUGGAUGACAAUGAAGAUGAGGAGGAGACAGCAGUAGAAAUUGAGGCUGAACCGGAAGUAGAGCCAGUGGCUCCCACACCACCUCCUGCUAAGAAACGAAGAGGAAGGCCGCCAGGCAAAGCCAACCAACCAAAACAACCCCAGCCUGCAGCAAUCAUUCAGGUUGAAGACCAGAACACUGGUGCAAUUGAAAACAUUAUAGUGGAAGUAAAGAAAGAACCCGACGCAGAAACGGUGGGGGAAGAGGAGGAAGCUCAGCCUGCCGCAGUGGAAGCUCCCAACGGAGACCUCACUCCGGAGAUGAUUCUAAGCAUGAUGGACCGGUGAUGGAGGAAAGGCCGAGCGUGCUGACUGAACUGGCCUGGGCUGUGUUUCAAUGGCUCAAAUCUAUUUUUCCUUUUACCUUUUUCUUGGCUUUGGGAAAUGCAUCAUUUUAGACCAUUUUACCAAACACCCUGGGAAAUACAACUUCACAAUGAUGUUAGAAUGUGAUUGGCCUAGAACUUGCUGUUUUAUGUUAGCGUUACAGGAUCAUGGAGCAUUAGGAUCUGAUUUGGAGUCUGAGCGUUUCCUGUGGGAUGCUCAAUUCGCUGCGUUGUAAUGAUGGUCCAAGGACAGUGUUUACAUGUAACAAGUUUUAAUACACACAAGUGGAGAAACGGAAGCUCUGACUAGAGUUUGUGGUACACCACUCUGGACUUGCCCUUCAAGUUCCCAAAGUCCUCCAGUCGCCUUCUCCCAGUAGUGUUUUUAACUGUCAAUGCAGACUUGGGAGGGGGCUAGACUUUUAAAAUGCUUUUGGUUUUGCUUUGCCCCACUGACUAGUUCUGGUUCACCAAGCUGGCCACACACGGCAGUUUUGGCAUGCUCCAACUGGUUUCUGUCUUCAUGCUCUGCUCUGGGCAAAGCAACUCUGUAAUGGUCAAGCUUGUAAAUAACUUUUUUUUUUUUUUACAUUUUAAUCUUUUUCCAUUAAUUAAGAGGUAUGAAAAAUGCAGAUUAAGAAACCCCCAGUGUUUUAAUUACUUGCUGAUUAAGU